AUGGAGUUGGAAAAACCAUGUCUGUCUGAUAGUAAAGAAAUACCAAGUUUAAAAGUUGAAAGUCUUAAGAGGAGAGAUGAAAUACUUGAAAAGCUUCGGAGCAAGUUAAAUCUGGUGGAAAAUGAAAAAUCUUUGUUUCUGGCUAAUAUAGAAACACUAGAAAGAAAUCUACAAGAAAUUGUGGAAGAAAAGAAUAAUAUGAUGAAAGAGAUGGAAGAUAUUCGUAAUAACCGGGAUAAUUUAAAGAUGAAAAUGGAAGAAAUGGAAGCGAAUUUUCGUGAAACUCUACACAAAAGUGAUUCAGAAGUAGGGAGACUGAAAAAAGAAUUAAGAAAUCUGAUUGACGAAGCAAAUAAUCUGCGGAGCGCGAUUAUUAUUGCUGGAAAUGAGGUUAAAGAAUCAUCAUCAAAGCUAAAUGAAGUAAUAACGAAAAAUGGAGAACUAGAAAUAAUGAACGAGAAGUUAAGGGUUGAAUUUCUUCAAAAGGAAAAUAUCAUGAAUGAACUGCAGAAGAAGAUAAAAGAGCAAGGAGUGAAAAAAAUUGCUGACUUAGAAUCAGGGCAAAAAAGUUCAGAAGCGGAACAGGAACGACAACUAAUUCUGGAAAAGAAGCUUGCUGAAACAAAAAGAAUUUUGGACGAAAUGAAGGUCGAACUUCACGAGAGACAAAGCAAUGAGGAAUUUCUUGAAAUUGAAUUACAAAAAAAAAAAGAGGAGAAAGAAGAGGAACAGAAGAUAAGAAAUCAGUAUGCUAUCGCACUGAAAAAUGCAAACGACGAUUUGGAAGAAGCAAAAAAGCAGCUGGCUGGUUUGGAUCUUAUACGAAUCGAAAAAGAUCGCUUUAUUGCUGAGCUUUUCUUAGCUAAAGAAGAUUGUCAAAAGGUCAUACAACAACUCAAACAGGAAAAUGAGCAACGAAGAGAAGAAAUGAAGAAGAUGGCGGAGCAGGAAGCAUUGAAAAUAAAUGAACAGUGUGAAGCGGAUGGAAAGGCUGCGAAAGCAGAGCUUCUUUUGCAGAUCGAUGAAAUGCGAUCACAAAUAGCUGAAAGAGACUUGCAAAUUGGAGAGCAGAAGUUACAUAUCAGUUGCUUGGAACGAAAACUUUCUAAUGAUGGACAUAAUGAAAGAAAAAUAAUAAAUGAUUUGCGGGCAACUAUCCAAACGAUAUCCAGUGAAAGAGACAUGGAACUGAAUAAGUGUACUGAAGUGGAAGCCAAACUAAAUUCUAUGCGUAUAGCUGCAGAAGAAACAAUGAGACAAUUAGAAUCACAGAGUCAACAAAUCACUUCGUUACAAGAUGAACUAGAAAAUGUAAAUGCUCAAAAUACGCAUUUGCGAGAAACCACUCAAGUUGCUGAGCAGUUGGAACAAGAACGAAAAAUGUUAUUGCAUGAGAUUGAGAAUUUUGAAAAGGAAGUGAAAAGACUGCGACUAGAAAUUGUAACUGUGCAAAAAACUGCGAGUGAGGAAUCAGCGAAAGCUUCAGCCAAAGCGGAAUCAGAGCGACACCGGUUAUUGCGUGAUUUGCAAAAAGAAAUCAAGCAGUUAUAUCAUGAUUUAAACGAACGCACACAACAGUUAAAUGAGGCGCAAACCAAGCUGCAGGAACUAUCAGACAAAAAAACUAAAAGUGAUGAACUUGAGGAUAUUUGCACGAAAAGUGGUCACAGAACAGAUGCGCAAGGGAAACGUUUGAGGGACAGCUCAGACUUAAUUGAACUGACUGACUACGAAGAAUUAUGUGCUUUACGGGAACAAGUGGCAGAAUACCAGAAUCAAUUAAAAAAUAUUAAGGAAUCCCACAAGAAGGCAUACUCUACUGAACAGUUCAAUGUUAUUGGCUUGGAAUCAGUCACCAAUGGAUCCAUCUCGAAAGAUAAAGGGUAUCUGAGUAAUAACAGUGCUGUCUUCGCAGAACCUACUGAAGCUGAAUAUUUGAGAAAUGUAUUAUAUCGAUACAUGAAUGAACGAGAAACAUUGGGCAGGGAGAGUGUUACAUUGGCUCGAGUGAUUGCGACUGUAGCGAGAUUUACGCAUGAACAGAUGAAUGCAGUAGUAGCGAAAGAGGAGCAGCGGAAUCAUGGUUGGGUUGGAGGUACAGUACAAGGUCUUAUCUCUUCCGCUGCAAAUCUCUCUUCUCGUUAA